AUGGCGCGUACUGAGACUCCCGUUCGAGAGCGGAUAGCAAAACUUAAAACGUGGCGAGAUCACUCCGAUUGGAGCGCAGGCAAAGCCGCUAAGGAGCUAAACGUGCUGAAGCCGACGCUUCUAUCAUGGAAGAAAACAUAUUGGCAUAAACUCGAUACUUAUGAGCCUGGGGACGCCAAGCGCGAAAAGGGAGGCGGGCGUAAGCACAGGAUGGAAACCGGCACUACUGUAACAACCACGUACAACUACGUCACGAAGCCUCGUCAGGCUAACGUUGUCGACUGUGCAGUGUACGCACUCCACUACAUGCAUGCCGUAAUGAAGUUUAUUAUCAAGCAUCGUCCAGAAUCGCUUCUCGAGCACAUGCCGUCGCUGACGACAAGCACAUUCAACGUAAAGAAGGCUUCGGCUUCGCGAGCCAAAAUCCUCUCGACACUAGCGAGCUUGCAAGCGCAAUAA